AUGGAGCGAAGAAUAUCAGAGUGUUUGUGUGCAUCCCUGGUUCUGGUCGCCUGCGGCACUUUGGUCUCCAUCUUCAGCAACCCACAGAUCGCGGGCCUGGCCCUGCAGUUUGCCGACCUCCUGGUGGAUCCCAAAAGCGACCAGCAUCGCUCCAGAGGUCUCAACAACAAAGGUGUCCUAAGCCUCACUCGAGCACCCAAGUUGGCCUUCAAGGCUCUCCAAUUCCUCCGCAUCUUGCAUCAACUUGGACGCUACGAGGGCGGGGCCAACAUGAAGACCGUGGAAAAGUGCGAGUCCUUCUUCUCCAGCAAAUUGGCUUCGUUUCUUUGCGAGCCUCGAAGUCUGAAGGGUGAGGAGGAUGAGCUCCGUGCCCUUGCGCGUGCCACGGCCAUGGAGAGUCAAUCCAUCUACGUGGAGAAAAGCUUCGGAGGCGAAGUGGGCCAACCAUGGCUGGGAAGACCAGACUGCGACACGCCUCGCAGACUGCCCAGCAAGGAUGCUGCGACUGUCGUGCUGCAACCGUGUAGGAUGGGGCCGAUGUUGUUUUCAUGGCACAUGCUUAGUCAGAGCUGCGGACACCGCGCUUGGACAUGA